AUGGAUCAACGUCCUCGAUCCAGCAGCCGUCUCCACCAUCCAUCACCAGCCGGAAAACAACCAUUGCCCCGUCUGAUACGUAGCAAAAGCGAAAAUCCAGCCAUAUCUCCGCCGCCCACCACCACAUUAUCCAACAGAUCAAACACAGUCUCCAAAUCGCGCUCAACAUCCACUUCAAAAACGAGAAAUUAUAAGGAGAUGGAAGUAAACAGUUUCAUGAUUAACCUCCCGAAGCCGAUGAAGAUCAAUACCGGAGUCACUAAUCCGGCUGUUAAAAAAAAGAAGUCUUCAGACGCCGAUAGCAAUGGAGGAGACGGAACGUUUACCCGGUUUCUGCCACGAAAAAAACCCACAUCUCCUUCCGCAUGGGCUUUAUCUCCGGGGAGGGCUCCGCCUAUUUUGACCGCGGUGGUGCCGCCAAAGACGCCAAGUACAGGUGGCAGGAGCAGCGGUGAGGGUGGCGGCGGCGGUGGUGGUAGAAUCAGCGGAGUUUUAAAGUACUUUAAGCAAAAGAAAGUUGCGUCAUCGGAAGAAGCAGAUCGGCAUUGUUCAAAACUGAUGAACAAUCGGUUAUUGCAAUGGCGGUUUGCAAAUGCUCGAGCUCAGGCUGCCAUGUCCACCGUGAAAAGCGUGGCAGAGAAGAAAACGUUCAAUGCAUGGCUCAAGAUACUUGCGAUAAGAAAUUCGAACAUGGUAAAGCGGAUGGAAGUAGAAAAACUCGAAAGAGACAUCAGAUUGUAUCAUAUUAUGAACUCACAGUUAUUCUUGUUAGAAAAAUGGCCGAAAUUGGAGGCUAAAAACUCUGAAGCUGUAGGUCGAGUGGCUAGAAAAUUGUCUGUAGCAUCUUUCAAUAUCCCAUUGGUUGAUGAUUCUAAGGGAGAAAUUUUAAUGGUUCGUGACGCGUUGGACAACGCCACAAGACUCUUGGAAGAUAUAGAAUCAACAAUCCCAAAAUUAAAUUGUCAGGUGGAGAAUUCAUGUUAUUUGUUAACCGAACUUUCAAUUAUCGCAAAAGAAGAAAAAGAGUCUUUGGCAGAGCUACAAAGAUGGAUGCGUGUCGUCAUGACACUUAAGAUACAGGAAAAAGAAAGAAGUUUGCGAGCUCAUUUAAUCCAAGUGAAGUGAAGAUUCUAGUACAUUUAGUGAAGUAGCAAUCAAGUUGAAUGAUAUUUUGAUGAGUUGAUCUUGAGUAUAGACCUUACACUAUCGAAUCAUGAGUUACUUGACUUUUAUCGACUAAUGUCAAUUUGGAUUUUUGAUCUUUAUGUGGACUUCUCACCAAAGCAAUAAUGUCUAAAAAUAUUUUAAAAAUAAAACAUAUACGUGGAAGGAAAACUUAAAUAAAAACAAAUGCAUAAAAAGUUAAAUCCUAACAAAGAAGGACUAAGGGGUAUAUCUUAAGGUUUUCAAGAUCGAGAUCUUGAUAAUAUUAUAAGAUCCUAAGGUCCUAUAAGCCAAAAAGCAACAUGAAUCCCAAUAGGAUCGUGUUGUAGCAAAAUCGUUGAUACAAGUGUAGAACAAUCCUAUAUCACUGUUUUUUUUAAAUGGUC